AUGAGCUCUGCCAGUUCUGGUGUCAGCCAGCUCCGUUUCCCUCUUGCCACCAAGCAAAGUUCUAGCUGGGAGCAGGCAGCGGCCAAGUCCACAGCUGGCUGCUCUAGAUUUUUCCAGCAUAGUCCAGAUGUCCCAGGACUGGCCAGCGCCCUGGCCCCCUGCUGCAAGGGGACCCCCGCCCCCAGACAGCCGCCUUCCCUGCUGUCACUCACCUCCGGCUCUUGCCCAUCCCUGUCUUCCUCUUGUUUUGCAGUGGCUGCUUCCACUCCCAACUCCACCGCCGGUGCAGCCAUGAACUCUCUGACCUCCCUGGGGACUCUGCAAGGACUGGCGGGAGCCACGGUCGGACUGAAUAACAUUAAUGCACUGGCAGGUAGCGCCCACAGUAUGGCGGCUCUGAACGGAGGCCUCGGCGCCACGGGCUUGACGAACGGCACGGCGGGCACCAUGGACGCGCUCACGCAGGCCUACUCAGGGAUCCAGCAGUACGCGGCCGCCGCGCUGCCCACGCUCUACAGCCAGAGCCUGCUGCAGCAGCAGGGCGCGGCCGGCAGCCAGAAGGAAGGUCCAGAGGGUGCAAACCUCUUUAUUUACCACCUUCCACAGGAGUUUGGAGACCAGGACAUCCUGCAGAUGUUCAUGCCUUUUGGAAAUGUUAUCUCUGCUAAAGUCUUCAUUGACAAACAGACCAACCUGAGCAAGUGCUUUGGUUUUGUGAGCUACGACAAUCCAGUGUCCGCACAAGCUGCUAUCCAGGCUAUGAACGGCUUUCAGAUUGGCAUGAAACGCUUGAAGGUCCAGCUGAAGCGCUCCAAAAACGACAGCAAACCUUACUGAUCCUAACCCCAGAGGCUCCCUGCUCUUAUUUUAGCUUUCUUAGGGUAAGUCCCACGAGCCAGCCUGUGCUCAACAGGAAAGGCAGAGGAGGACACAUUGCCAACUUUUACCAAGAGAGACGGUUACUUCUACCAUAAGGCCUCCAUCUCCCCUCCCGGCCCCUCCCCAGUCCGCCACAAUUAAACUCCGGCUACCCUGUUUCUAUGGAGUAAACUCCUCUCCACUUGUGCCACUGUAAUCUCCUUUGUGUUGCAAGUUGAAUCUCCUUUUACCUUUUUCGUUUCGUUUUUGUUUUUGGGUUUUUUUGUUUUUGUUGUUGGUUUUUUUUUUUUUUUGCUUUUUUUCAAGAAAAACACACAUACACAAAUAAAUGACAUCUUGCGAAUUUAAAAGGCAAACAAAGGCUAAUGUGCAAUUCUAACUCUGAGACCCCUGGUGCCCCCAGAGCACUGCCUGGAGAAUUCGCCCCUCCUGCCCGCGCCCCCCUCCCCACCCUCAGGAGGGCGCCCGCUGUCGGUAGAGGUGAAGGCGGUGGCCUAGUGAGAGAGGAAAGCCAGGAGAAGCACUUAAAACAAUACAGAAAUGUCUUUCCACUACAUUUGGUUUGUUUUUAAUAAGUAGGAUUUUAUUUUAGGGUUCAAAGAAACAUUUAUUGGUCAGGUUAUUACACUGGUUGUCUAUUUUGUUAUUGUUUCAUUUUAGUUUUUAGAAAGGAUUCGUGUAAAAAAAAAGAUUUAGAGAUCUGUUUCUUAAAGCUACAGGGUUUAAAAAUAAAAUAAAAAUGAGUGAAAAUACUUGAUGUUUCUUGAAAGAUAAAUUUAAUAAUAAAUAAAUACAUAAAUAAUACAUAAAUAAAAAAGAAAGCCACAGGCCUGUAAAUUUUAUUUGUAAAAAAAGCAUUUCUAUUUUUGUACAAAAUUUUUACUGCCUCAGAAAUAAUGGAAGUUAUUUAUUGCCUACUGUUAACUUAUUGGGUACCUAAAGAGCAGUUCUCUGUGCUAGCUAGAUCCUUCUGAAGUAGUCUCUAGAGGAAUCGUUCUAGGAAUGGGCUUUUUUUCACCGUUGAACCCUAGGCCCACAGCUCAUGCUUUCUCCUCUCGUUGUUUGUACCUGUCUGACGGUUUUGUUCGUAACUCCCAUGCUCUAGUUUACAGCUCCGUCUUCUCUGACUUCCCCCUAUGUCACAUUCGUUGAAACCGGAUCCUCUCCUCACCCCUGCCGGCCCCCCUCCCCAGAAUCCAUCCCCUCUCCCUCUCCGGAUGGAUUCUCCCGGGUUCCAUUGUGCUGUGGAUAAAGGUUGUCAGAAAUGCAAAUUACAUGGAUGGCUCGUAGGCUCCCUACUGACCUAAGAUUUGCAUUAGUGUGCCUCCUGCUCCCAGAAGAGUGAUUUUGUUGCUGCUGCGCAGAUUCUGUGUAACUUUUUCCUCUCCCUGUUUUCUCCCUAGACAUCUUCAUGCCCGUUAGUUCACCGUUUGCCUAGCAUGUCCCUGUGGCGUCUCAAAAAAAAAGUUUCAUCGUCCCGUCAUUGUUUCUGAUGUCUUUCUGACCUCACAUCAUAUUUGGUUCUCCUACUGACCUUUGAUCUAGUUUGACCUUUGAAAUUUGCAUGUGACCUCAUCUAGCUAUGAAUUCUGGGAAGUCAAUGUGAAAAACAUUGCUGCAUUCAUGCAAGACUGAAAUUUAUUAUUAGACAAAUUAAUUAUAGAAAAAAACCUGUGGCAAAAAUGUUUCUUUCUUAUUUUUUUUUUUUUCUUUUCAUAAAACAGACUUGAAAGUAUUAUACAGGGAUUGGCAUUCUUCCCGGUCACUGGUAACAAUAGCAAUAUGUGUCCAGGGACACAGAAUGUUGGUUUCUAACAGACUACUUCCAAAAACAGUUUGAGAAAAAAAACUGUCUGAUUUUAAGUCUCUAGAGGUCUGUAAUAGUUUUUACAUUUUUCAGGCAGUGUAAAGUUUUUUGAUAAGGCCAUUUUAGGUGGCUCACUUUCUCAUUAAGAUAUAUAUAGAGAACCACUUUUUGUAGAUUAGUAUAAGAAAAAUAUUUACCCUGUUUUGGGGCAAAUGCUACCUAUUUGUGUCACCUUUUGCUGAACUGACUCACAGUUAGACAAUCCAUGGUUUAAUGCACAUGAAAUUACCUAUAUUUUAUACUGUUUCAAUGUACAGGAGAAAGGUUACUGUAAACUGUGUUAUGUUGGUGCUUCUGUGAAUUAAGUUGUGGUUUCAUCAUGAGUCUUAUGGUCUUAAUGUUCUUUGUUGAUAAGACAAGUUUAGAAUUGGUUUACUUAUAACAAAAAGAAUUUCAAAAAAAAUGGUUUGCUUAAAAAAUUUCAUGUGAGGGAAAAAAAAAAAAAAAAAAAAAACCUAUUCCAGAAUAAGUUUUGUGUUGGCUUGUAAAGCAUUGAUGUCAUUUUUUUUUUAUUGUGGACUAUUUAGAUGUGUUUGUGUUCAGCAAAAUGUGAUUUUUUUUUCUUUUAAAGAAAAAGUGAAAAUAUAUAGUGCCAAAUUCCAAAGGUACUUCCUUCCUAGAGCUUCAGUGUGUUUCUUGUGAGAAGUAAUUUGAUAACAUGGGUAUUUUAUUAUGUGUUUUGUAUAAAUCCCUAAUAUUUAAAAAACAAAAAACAAAAAAAAAGAGGUUAAAAAGUUUGUUAACUUGCUAUCCUGUGGUCUUGUUGCCUGAAAUUGUUAUUGUUUGUUAUUUCUCUAUGACGUUUUUUGUAAGACAUUGUAUAAGUGCCCAUGUCUCACUUUUUUAACCACUCUGCACAUCAAUGCUGUGACGGCAACCUCACAAUGUAUUUUCUUCAUAAUAUAUGGAAACCUCUAAGGUGAGAAAGUUUUGAACUUUUAACCCUUUCUACCCAGAGCUAUCUGGAAUGUCGAUAACUUUUUAUACUGUCAUCAUUUUCAUUUGUUUUGGGGUGUUUCCAAUUUGAAGUUUUUUUCCAUAUAUAUCCUUGAGUUGUUUUUGUCUUUACUACUUUUUUAUCCUUUGGUUGGGAUUCAAAAGCAAAAUCUUAAAAAAAAAAGAAGAGGGUUAAAGUAUUAUUAUUUUUUUUUUCCUUCAAAUUCCUCAUUUGCUGCUGGAAUUCCUUCUUCGGCUUUGGUUAAAAAGAGUUUACUGGGUACAUUUUCCGAGGGGAAUGGUAGAUAGUCAAGCACCUGAAUGAACCUUAAAUUCAGCACAUGUUAGAGAUCGGAUUAAUGGUAAAUUCCAGUUUGAACUAUUUUCGUGUACCUUCCAGUGAAAUGGCUUUGUGAGGAUGCGGUAGUCUUUGGAGGGAUGUUUGCUUUUAUUUCUUAAAUGCUCCUAAAUUUAUGUCUUUGCUCAGCCAUUGUGCUGGGGAUUCUGAGCCCAGUGGAUACCUCUGAAUAAGCAAGGUGUCUGGAGUUAGAAGUUGACAGUCCUUUUCUUGUCUUUCUUUUGAAUCAAAUGCAUCUAAAGGGGCCUGACCGUUCAAGGCAAACUCAGUUCUUCAUCGUUACUGGCAAACACUGGUUCCCGCCACCACUUUGCAAAGUGCCAUCUUUCUUUGACUUCUACUUCACGUGUGAAUGUGAACGGUCUCUUGUUGUCCUGGCAAACCCCAAAGUUACCUACCCCCCACAGCCCCAACACAAGCUCCUGCCUUUCUGGAAGCUUCUUUGUCUCUCCUGGAGUUUAGAAACUGCUGGCUCCCCUUCCCACUCACCACUCUGUUUGAUUUCAUGUGUGCUGUGGAUGUGACAGCCCUGGGAUGGAAAGGACUAGCCACUAAUGAUGCAAAAAAAAAAAAAAAAAAAAAAAAAGUUUCCUUCUUACAGCACAUGCACUUACAAUGAACGCUCUGUACUAUCCUCACACGUGUUUACUACUGCUGGGGCCUUCCUUCAUCCUUCGAGGGCUAUUUUGUACUUCCUGCAGCGGGCAGCUGACUCACAAAGGUUAUGGCACAUGUCCCUCUCGUGUACAUGAUGUGGUGGCACGCCGUGCAUACUAGGAAUGCAAGAUGACACCAUGGGACUUUCCUAGACUCUUUCAUUCAGGAUCUCUGAUCAAUUACACAUCAUCUUUGCUUCCCGUUUUCCUUCUCCCCGCCUCUCACACCUCCUGCCCCCAUCUCCCCCGAAAGCUGCGGGAGCUUGGAGCUGAAUGUUUCUUCCCGCAGGCAACUGAGAUAGUUACUUUUAGGGGGAAAGUCCGCUUCUCUUUUUUGGUCAUGUGUCAUUGCCAAAAAGAUAACCCUCCUCAAAGAUAAGCGUCCUUUUCUUCACUUUAUCUUUCAAUAUCUAAAGGAAAAAGCUGCAAGGGUGCGAAGGGCCUGUGCCAGAGGAAAAAAACACACACAGGGAAACUGCUUUUUUAAAAAUCAAGUGUAGAGAAUAGUCAUUUUUAAACUAAAUUAGAGAAUUGCGAUCAAAUGGCAGUCCUCAAAGGCGUAACAAGUUCAUCUUUCUUUCACCAUAGGGGUUUAUAGUUCUUUGGCUUGUGCUACUCUGGACUCAUUUUACUGUUUCUGUUUUUAUUAUCUUAAGUGCUAAUUAACAAGAAGAAAUAAAAUUUAAAAAAAAAACCUGUAGUUUCAUUACCUUUUUGAAUAAUGUCAUACAAAAACAAUGUAUUUGUGUUUUUCUGUGCUGUGAGAAUUGUUGUUUGUAGACGAAUAAUAUCAUUUUGUUUAGAAUUACAAAAUAGUUUUUAAAUAUUGUCUGAGAAAAGCCAAAGUUAAUGCAACCUAGUGGAAACUGUAAGACCAUUUGAGUAUUGUUUGUUUUAUUGAUGCAUUUGGAUUUUGUUGUUUGAUGGAAUUUGAGCCAAAAAAAAAAAAAAUAACGCAGGCUUUCCUAUUUCUACAACUGAUUGUACUUAUGCAUUUUGUACCAGUGGAACUUUUUAUACUGGAGAUUAAAAAAAAAAAAAAGGAAAUUUUUGUGGCUUACUCUAGUGGGCCCCCUGACAAUGACUGAUUUCAAGUUUGAUUUCUGGUUGAUCGAAAGAAAGUUGCUUUUCUUUUGAGAAUUAAAAACUUUGGCUUGAUUUCUUUUUUCCCUUUGCUUAUAUCUAGCAUUAGAAUUUUGUCUUAAAAUACAGCGGUAAGUUUCACUUUUUAUUCUGUAUUGUGCAGUUACACAAUAAGGUAAUUAGAUUUAGAAGUACUCAAGUCACUUUAAGUGGAUAAAUGUAUUAGUUAAAACUUUAGGAGUUUGCUUUUUCGCUGUUUAGAUCAGAGUUUUUUCUGAUUCUUCUGUCCUCAUUGUGAACAUAACCGUGUAGUUGAAACAGUCAAACUUAUUUUUGUAACGUAUGUUAUCGUGUGAUGCAGUUUUUUGCUUCUGUCUCCAAUAUUAAACCAUUUUCCUAAUA